UGAGGCUCGGAUUGCUGUGCAAAUCAUUAUUCGACAUGACGAAAAACGUUACGAGUUAACGAACACUGGCAGCAUAUACAUCCCAUGGGUCCAGCGUCGAAUUCUUCAAUAUAUUCACUGGUAAUUUUUUAGGGAGAACGUCAUCAUAAGAUGCAGGUUCCAUGUGUGUGUCCAUCACGUGGCUUGAGGAGCUUCAGCGUGCUGGACCGUCUGCUACUCACUCACCCAGUCUGGCUUCAGCUAUCUGUCAAUUCUGACUCUGCCCUGAAGAUCCUGCAAAGAGAGCCCCCCGGGGCCUUCCUUGUCUGCAAGUCUGUGCUAACCCAGAAGGUCCUGUGUAUGCGGCUGACAGAUGAAAGUGCUCCUUCCACCAUCAGGCAGUGCAUAAUAUGUGAGGAGGAUUCCACUUUCUUCCUGGAGGGCUCAGCUAUCAGCUUCCCUGACCUCUGCCGACUCGUGGCUUUCUAUUGCAUCAGCCGGGACGUGUUGCCCUUUCACCUUGAGCUCCCUGAAGCUAUUGCCAAAGCCUCAUCUCAUGUACAGCUUGAGUCCAUUUCACACAUGGGAAUAGAGUUUUGGAGCUCUUACCUAAAUAACAAACAACCAACAGUGGAGCAGCUGGCACCCCCGGGCCCAGCCCCUACUGACUGUUCCGCUGCUCUGGAAGCACCAGGCACAUCACUAGAGCUGUGUCUGCAUCACGUGCACAACAACCAGGAGGUGUUGUGUUUCAUCAACCCACUCUUCCUGCAGCAGCAGCAGCGGAGUCGUAGUGCACUACACAAACGCCAUCGCUUCAAGCGCAGCCUGAGGGUGCGCGUCUCCACGGAGACCUCCUGUAACUUGUCCCCACCAGCAUCCCCACCUCCACCGAUGUUACCAUCUAGCGGCCAGGAGGACUUGGAAUGUAUGAAAAAGAAGGCCAGCACUGCAGGUCCUCCCCUCAGAAGAACCCCAGCCCUUUCCCCUACCUCUGAAGAAGAAGAUUAUCUGAUACCUGGUCCAACUAUGGGUGAUGAGGUGCUCGGUCAAGAGGACGAGGGUAUGACGGAUGCCUGCUUACUGCUUGAGCGACGUCGUGCCCCCUCUUUAUCUGAGCUUGACAGCAGUAGCUCCUUCAGCAGUCUUGAAGAGGUUGAGGACCAUUCAGCAGCCAAAGCCAAGCCACACCAACACACCUCUACCCUCAAGAAGGCCAGUGCUGCCUUUGUGUCGCUCUUUGCUCCUGAGAAACGGGUUGCUCAGCUGGUGGAAGAACUGUCUCAGGACCGCCGUUCUGCCUUUGGCUCACUGGUGCAGGACUUCUUACGGAGGCAGGAAGAAGAGCUGAAGUCUGCAAGGUGUCCGGCGUCAUCAGCAAUGCUCUUGCAGGGCCUGCGACUCUUCCUUUCUCAGGCUAAGGAUUUUCUGCUGGACUGUGGGGAGUUGGAGCCUCCCAUCGAGACCCUUGUGCCAGAGAAUGAGAAAGAUCUUGCACUCGAGAAGGCUAUGUUUGGCUGUGUACUGAAACCACUGAAGGCACAGCUGAACCAGACCCUGCUGGCACUGCAUGCCCAGGACGGGUCCACUCAGCGGAUGGUCGACAGUCUGCGUGCCGGCCAGGAGAGGACACUGGAACGUUUCGGAGUGUGUGUGGGCGUGCCGGAUGCCCAUGGCAUGGAGAGAGUGCGUCAAAAGCUGGUCCUCAUGCAGCGUGCCUACUCCCCCAUAGACAAAGUGGUGCUGCUCCUUCAGGUGUGCAAGUGUGUCUACAAGGCCAUGGGAAGCCCAGCGCAAGGAUUUGGGACGAAGGACUUCCUCCCAGCUCUGUCCUAUGUCAUUGUGCUGUGCAAUAUUCCAGAGCUGCUGCUUGAAGUGGAGUACAUGAUGGAGCUUUUGGAACCCACCUGGCUGACUGGGGAAGGAGGCUACUAUCUUACUAGCGUCUAUGCCAGCCUGUGCUGGAUCCAGAGUAAGCCAGAAAGUGGGGUUCCAGGGAAUUUAACAGAUAAGGCACAAGAGUCCUUGAGAGAAUGGAGUCAGCGCCGCAUCCAAGAGGCCCAGAAUCAGAAAGAAGCCCAGCAAAAUCAGAGGUUUGUGCGAGUGCUGUUCCAAAACAGCGAACACAGUGCUGUGAGGACCGUGCUCUGGAAGAUGGGCGAUAAUGGAGAUGCUUUGGCUCAGCUCUGCGCUGUCAAGUUUGCGGUGACUGAUCCUGAGCACUAUGCCCUCUACUGGAGCAGUGGUGGGGAGAUGCAACCGGUGCCCCCCCAGGCUCAGCUCCAGGACCUGCCUGCCACAAGUGGACGUACCCCCACCCUAAUCUUCCUCCGCUGCGACCAAGACUUGAGCAAAAUGCGGAAGCUUACCAGAGGCAGUGCCGUGGACCUGGGAGAGUCCGUGUGUGAAGAGUAG